GGGCGAGAAACAAAAAGAGAUCCGGUUACGGCCCAUAGGAUGAGCCCAAAUGGUCCAAAGAAUUUGUAUCCUCAUUAGUCAAGAAAGAGACACUUCUUCGUCUCCAACUCUCUCUCUCUCUGUCUCUGAAGCAAAGGCCAUGGAUCGCGCCCAGAUCGUUUUUCUAGGGUUACCACUCUUCCUCUUCUGCUUCGAUGUCCUUAACAUCUUCACUCUCCGACCACCACCGCCUCCUCCUCACAAGGCACCCCACCACCACCACCACCACCACCUCCAAAACAAACCACCUCCACUCCCUAAAGACACCCUAGACUUCCCCUCACAGAAACCAAUCGCUGGAGCAGUGGGGGUCGGCAACACAGUCAAGAUUAGUUUCUGCACCUCUUGCUCUUACAAGGGGACUGCAGUAACAAUGACCAAGAUGCUAGAGGCUGCUUAUCCUGGGAUUGAAGUUGUUCUUUCAAACUAUCCCCCAGCUUUACCAAAGCAUCUGCUUAGCAAAUUAGUUCCUGUUGUUCAAUUUGGAAUAUUUGGGAUUGUCAUGGGGGGUGAGCAACUUUUCCCUAUGGUGGGGAUGGUACCCCCUCCUUGGUUUUACUCUCUGCGUGCGAAUAGGUUUGGAACCAUGGCAUCUACUUGGCUUCUUGGUAAUGCAUUGCAGUCCUUCCUUCAAGGCACUGGCGCUUUUGAAGUUUCCCUCAACGAUGAAUUGAUUUUCUCUAAGCUCCAGGAGGGAAGAUUUCCAGGAGAGAUUGAACUAAGAGAUGCCAUUGGCAGGAAGUUGGUCAAUUCAGGAAUCACUGGUGAUGGGGCAUUAUGGACCUAGUCAGCUUUUAAACGUCUGAAUGUUGGACCUUUUGUGUGCAAUACCUGAUUCUCCAUUGCUAUAUGAUACAAGCAUUGGUUGGAUUUGAGAUGUCUUGGAUUUUGAAUAUCUGUUAUAAUCAAAAUGAACUCCGAUUGUUCAAUAUAA